AUGAAUCUCAACAGGAAUAAUGUAAUGGUGAUAUCUCCUCUCCUCUUCUCUUCUCUCCUCUCCCCCCCAAAUGUAUCCCCACCACAACCAAAAUACAAACUCACCGACAAUGUUACACUGCGUUUAACAAAAAAAGAAAAAAGAAAGAAAGAAAAAAAAAAAAAGAAAUUUUUUAUUUGCCCGGUAUGCAUGUUACACAAAAUGAAGAAUAAUUUAGAGAAAUUUAUAUAUAGAAAUAAAUUUGUGCAUCACCACCAAUCACCACUACAAACACCACCACUUCUACCACUCCCAGUACUUCCACCACUAACACUAACACUAACACUUACACUUACACUAACACGAACUAACACGAACUAA